AUGGCGUUGGAGGCAGCUUUGGAACCAAAACGUGAUUGGCAGGAGUUCAAAGCAUGGAUGGCUCUGCAGCCCCGGACACCACGAAGACGGGAAGGGGAGAUUCUGUCGUACCGGAGCACGUUGGCGAUAGCCGGUUUGAGAAUCACUGACAUGAGCGACGAUGUAAAACCUGCGUCAACCUCGCUCCAUGAGUCUGCGCUCUACAAACAUCCUGUCCCUGUCUGCCUACCUGCUCUGGAAGAGACCCGUCAAAAGUGGGAGCGUGAUCGAGUUUGUCAAUCGGUCAAGUACGGUGGGUCUUACCAACCAUCGACGUCAAAAGCGCGCUUCACCGUGGAUUUGCCCACGGGAUCUCAAAAUCGCAAAUACUGUUUCGAAGCCAAAGUGGACCCGACCAAAAGUGUUCUGGCUUCUCAGAUUGCAAAGGAGCAGCAGCAAGCGCAAGAAGAAGAGCGACGGAUGACCAGGCGGAACUCCCUGAUGAAGAUGAUGGGCGGGGCAGUGGGAGUGCAGGACACUCCAGACCCUGCCAAGCGUUACCGCAUCGUCGAGAAGCUUAUCAACAGAAACAAAUUUCAAGACGACACCCUGGAGAAAAUCUGGGAGGAGCUGGAGCAGGCGCCCGCGGCGCCAUGUGCGCGAGCCAUCGCCCUGAAGAUGAUGCAGAAGGUUGUAGCUGCCUCCGGUUGCCCGUCAAGCCUGGAAGCUCCGAUCUUCAAUUGGAUGAGGAGCAAGUUCAAGCAAGCCGUGAAGGCGAACCCUUCUCUUACCCUCAGCAAGGAAGGCUUCUUGGAGUUCUGCAAGUUUGCUGGCCUUCUGCUUGAGUACGAGACACCUGAGGCCGAACGACGCCAAAGCUACCAGGGAAUUCCCGAAGAGCUUGUCCUUCUGGACGACUAA